UCUAAGUUUGUGUUGUGUUGGAUGUAGUGACUUGAGUUUUCUUUCAUAUUCAUUGAGUCUUUUAGGGAAGUGACUCAGUGCAAGUACCGGUGAAGGUUUUUUAGAACGUUUGUUUAGUGAAUUGUGGGAGAACCGCGAGGUGGUGGUGGCCCGAUCGGUUGCAUCCUGCUCCGUCCCGCCCCGCCUGGCCUGGCCUAUGUGACGGGCCUCAGGUAUGCUGGCCGGGUGUUGGCCAUUUCACCAGUCUAGUAUUGCGACGAAGAGUAAAAAUACCGCUAACUUUCAUGUGCCGGUCUUCGCGCCAAUAGCUCGUUAAUGCCUUCUUAUCGCCGCCUUUGACUCGCCUUAAUUACAGGCGCCAACAACGCCUCGCCCACAGUUUCCGAAGCCUCCAAAGGCUGCUCAAGAUUAAAAGGUGUUACGGCGGCGCAGUGGCGUAACAGUGCCUUGAGGAGCCUUAUAAAGCUGCCAUCAGGACCUGUGACUCCAGCCGCAACCAGAUCUCCCUCUGUACGGCUCCCGCAUCUCCUCACACAUGGACUACUCGAUAAGGCCGGCCACCACCACCAUGAGGCGGGGCCUCACGCUGCACCUGUGCCUGGGUCUUCUCCUCGCCACCAGCCCGGGCCUCGGCACCGCCGUCUCGGACACUCUCGUCAGCAGGGAAGGCGCCGUGCAACAGCAGCAGCAGCAGCAGCAGGUGCCGCCCCUCGUGGUGCCUGAGUGGUGGUGGCUGAGCUCCCUGCUGUCCAUGCAGCACGGCCACCGAGGCCACACCGCCGCUGCCGCCGAUGCCGCUGCCCGAAAAGUCGCCGCCGACACCGAGGAGUCCCCGGAGAACGAGGGCGAGGCUGACACACUGUCCCUGGUGGUGCCGCUGGGCCGCCUCGCAGAGGCUGACGAGCCUGUUGCCUCCACAAGAACGGCGGGACGCGUGGGCAAGCGAGGAGCUGUCUGCCGAGGGGCAGGAAGGAGGGCGUGCCGGCGAGGAGAGCUGACGCCCGUCCCUGCCUCAAAGGUGACGCAGAGCUGGGAGGCAGACUACAUGUCCAUCCCCGAGGGGCUGGUGUCCUUAUCGCAGAUGCAGCAGGAGGAGGCGGUGUGCCGGGACCUGUCGGUGCCGCUGUUCAGGGUGGACAUGCGCCACCACUAUGUGGAGCCCAGGUGGAUGCGCAAUACUCUGGACGUGGGCGUGUGCCCCUCCAUACUGCAGGAGAAGCGCCUGGGGGAGAACGUGUGGCCGCCCAGCGUGGUGGAGGUCAAGUGCCUGUGUCAGCAGCAGUCCUGCUCAGACCGCGGCUGGGACUUCCGGUGCCAGGCGGUGCAGCAGACCAUCAUGACGUGGGUGCGCCAAUCCAGCCAGGACUUCAUGCCCAGCACGGAGGUCGUGUCCGUGGGCUGCAUGUGUGCGCAGCGCACCGGCACAGAGGGUAGGGUCGCCAACAUGGUGGAGAGUUAACCAGCCCGCGGCGCCGCCACUCCUGCCGCCCGCCACGCCAGACACUCCUAGGGCGAGGCGGCGACCACAAGCACAGGUGGGACAGGCCUUCCGUGCCUUUCCAGAGCUCAUAUCCAGGUCAGCAGUGCCGCGCCGCGCCGCGCCGCGCCGCGCCGCACGUGCCUCCCGCCCCCUCGCCGCCCCGCCGCGGCCCCAGCACCAGAUUGGCUCAGUGUGCUGUCAUAUACCCACAGCAAGGCCGCGCGGCAGGCGGCUCAGGCAGACUCACUAUUAUGUUCAUGUUACUCUGUUGAGCCUCGUCUUGUUUGAGCCUCCGCCCCGCCCCCUGCCUGGCGGCGGUGCUGCAGGGCCCCGCCACGGUGGCCUGUCUUCCCGCAGUGAGUGUCACGCUGCUCCACGCUCUAUCCACCAUCACCAAUAAAGAUGAACAACAUGCAGCAUGUCUGUCACCCUUCUGUGUGUGUGUGUGUGUGUGUGUGUGUGUGUGUGUGUGUGUGUGUGUGUGUGUGUGUGUGUGUGUGUGUGUGUGUAGUGUGCACUGGUGUAACGCUGCGUUCAGAUCACUGUUCAUCUCCCCGACACACACACACCAGCUCCUGAAGUCAGUGAGUCAGUCACCUCAGAACACUCACCUCCACCACGCGUUACUCCUCCUCCUUCACACAGCCGAGUCACCUCAACACACAUCACUCUCACGAAAAUCCACACAAGGAAAUACAAAUGAAGAACAAGCAGCAGCAGACACGUAGACCCUAAGAAGACUGAUAAGCUGCACUAUCUUAUCUAAAGUAAAUGAUAAAGAUAGUAAAGGCGAAGACUCCUUACUUUAUUCUUACUUUA